AUGGGUAAAGAUUAUUAUAAAAUAUUAGGUUUAAGCAAAGGCUCCUCUGAUGACGACAUAAAAAAAGCUUAUCGAAAGCUUGCAUUAAAAUAUCAUCCCGAUAAAAAUAAAGAAGCUGGUGCGGAAGAAAAAUUUAAGUCGAUAGCUGAAGCAUAUGAAAUCUUAUCUGAUCCAAAGAAGAAAGAAAUAUUCGAUAAAUAUGGCGAAGAAGGUUUGAAAGGUGGCGUCGGCGGUCCAAGCGGUGGCCCCGGUGGCGCUGGUCAAUACUUUUCUCAAGCUAAUGUUGAUCCACAUCAAACUUUUCGAAUGUUUUUUGGAGGUGCUGAUCCAUUUGCCAUGUUUUUCAGUGGCGAAGAUGAUGAAGGACCAGGCGGUAAUUUUGGUGGAUUCGGUAAUAUGGGAGGUUUCAAUUUCGGAGGUCAUCCUAGUCAACACCAACAUAGUCAAAUGCAAAGAAAAAAAACUCAAGAUCCACCUAUUGAACAUGAACUAUAUGUCACAUUAGAAGAAAUUGCUAGUGGUACAACGAAAAAAAUGAAAAUAUCUCGAAAAGUUUUAAAUCCUGAUAAUCGUACAACACGUUCAGAAGAUAAAGUUUUAACAAUUGAUAUAAAACCAGGAUGGAAACAAGGAACAAAAAUAACCUUUCCACGUGAAGGUGAUCAGAGUGCAACAACAAUACCAGCUGAUAUUAUAUUUAUCAUUAAAGAUAAACCACAUUCAACAUUUCGUCGAGAAGGUGCAGAUCUUAUUUAUACAGCAAAAAUUACUCUCAAAGAUGCAUUAUGCGGAACAACUAUUAAUGUUCCGACACUUGAUCCAAAUCGUAUAAGAAAAUUACAAUUGAAUGAUGUUAUUAAACCAAUAACUGAAAAACGUCUUUCUGGUGAUGGCCUACCAAAUACAAAACAACCGACAACUCGUGGAGAUAUUAUAGUUAAAUUUGAUAUUAAAUUUCCAGAUGCACUUAGUAAAGAACAGAAAGAAACAAUUUCAUCAACGUUACGUAAUUAA